CGGCACACGAGCGAAGUAAGAGUGGGUUUGGUGUCCGAUGGGGAUUUGCAAUGCGCCUGCCACGUUUCAGCGAGCGAUGAACAUGACGUUCCAGAAUUUCGUCAACAAGACACGGCUGACACAAGGGAUGAUUAACUUCUGCGUGAUCGUGUACAUGGACGAUAUCCUGGUCUACUCGGAAACCUAUCACGGGCACGCGCAACACAUCGAAUGGACAUUUGGCGCGUUGAGAGACGCUGGGUUCAAGAUUGCGCUUGAGAAGAGCGAAUUUUUAUUCUCGAAAAUUUCGUUCUUGGGUUACGUCGUGACACGUGGAGGAUUGCGGCCAGACUCGAGGAAAGUUACGGCGGUGAAGGAAGCCCCGGUUCCCACGUCACGGACGCAGGUUCGAGCCUUCUUGGGGUUGGCGUCAUACUAUCACCGCUUCAUCAAGGGUUUUGCCGCGAUUGCACGACCACUAACGAAUCUGUUACGGAAGGACCAGCCUCUCAGCUGGGGCGCGGAGUGCCAACAGACCUUUGCAACCCUCAAGGACGCUCUGGCGACGGCCCCUAUUUUGAUUCGGUCGGACCCCUCGAAAUCGUUCAUUCUCAUCACGGACUGGCAACCGGAAGCUAUUUCCGCUAUUCUGGCGCGGAAGGGGAACGAUGGUCGCGAAUACGUCAUCGAGUACGCAUCACGCACAGUGCCAGACGAACGUCGAAACGACUCCGCACCUCAAGGCGAGUUCUAUGCGGUAGUUUGGGGAAUCCAACACUUCCAUCCGUAUCUCUACGGACAGAAGUUUCGCCUCGUGACAGAUCACGAACCUCUGCUAGCUUUGAAGAAGCUCACCAACUACACGGGCAUGAUUGGCCAUUGGGCGGUGCGAUUGCAAGAGUACGACUUCGAUAUCGUCCAUCGAAAGACAGAGCGACACGGCAACGCGGACGGACUGACACGUCUGCAUCGGCCUGCCAAGUGGGCGGCGCUGAGAGCGGAAGAGGAGGCAGAAGAAGAAUCGGAAGGAGAAUUGAGGAGAGAGGCCGGGGAAUUAGCGGUCCGGUUGGCCGAGGACGAGGAAGAAGAACGUGAAGCAGAAGAAGAGUCGGCGGAAGCUGAAGAAGAAGAAGAAGAAGAGGAAGCAGAGGAGGAGACUUUGGAAGAAGAGGAGAAAGCCUAUAGCGAGCACAAUGAGGGCGAGCCAAGUGAAGAGGAGGACGAAGACGACGACGAAGAAGGGGAAAGCGGAGACGACCAAGAGCCGACGCACGACGACGAGCUCGGGUGGGUGCCAGGAUCGGAUCGACGAGAGGACCCUGAGGCUGCCGCGUAGCGCAAGAAAGAGGUCGCGGAGGGAAAGCGGUCGGUGAUCGACUCCGAAUCGA